AUGGAUCUGGGGUAUGAUUCGGAGGACGAAGAUGACACAGAGAUGGACGAUUUGCUGAAACAACAACAAGAGCAUAGGAAAUAUUAUGAUGGAAAGGUUGUUGGGAUGUAUAAUAAAGUCUCUCUUUUCAUCUUCGUUAAUAUUCCAUUAGCUGAAAAAGAGAUGGUGGGUAUUACAAAAUUGGUUGGGCAGAUAAACCAACUGUUCAAUGACACAUAUCUGUGUUUUGAGCCCUUAGAGAGCCCGUUGCAUAUAAGUUUAUCGCAGAACUUGCAUUUUCAAACUGAAGACGAAAAAGACAGAUUUUGCCAGGACUUGUCACUUGAAAGUUUUCAGGAAAACCCUGUCAGGUUAAAGACAAAAGCACCAUACUUAUUUCAAAGCAUCACUUCUAGAAAAAUAUUCUUAUCAAUCAAACUUGGCGGCGAGUCGUUGGGUCGCCUGGGCACAAUUGUUGGCCAGAUUAACCAACGUAUACAUAGUUACUUCAAGGCACAAGAGUCACACUUGGCCUACCCGCCAGAUAACCUGCACAUCUCCAUUGGAGUAUUCAAUCCUACCACGAGGGUGUCAUCCAAAGACUUAGAUGACUUCAAUAGGAGACUCUCACGAUGGAACGAUAAUAGUUCUACUGGCACUAAUCUUUUCCCGGAGAUUUGGCUCUCAUCGCCCCAGUGCUCAACGAUCGGGGUAUAG